AUGCUUGACGCAAUGUUCAUCAGAAACGGCUGGUAUGCAGGCGAAGAAGACCCCGCAAGGCACGAAAACCCCUGGUAUGUCAACGUCUUUUACAAAGACACCGAUAGGCUCAAAAAUGAUAUGGAACUCAUGGACAAACUUGUCUCCGAGCUCGCGAGGGGAAACGCCACUAUUACAGCUGAGUGUCUGCAUCAUAUUCGCUCUCACUGUAUCUCGCUUUUGAUCGAUCAUGGGGGCUGCCCCCAUGAGAAGAUCGGAUGCGCGUAUGACUUGGCCAAGAGGAUUCGUGAUACUGUUCUCGCGAGCAGAACGACUAUUAGUCGCAACAAGCUUUUCCGUGGGGAGGGUCUUGGUAUUAUUGGAUUAGAGUAUGAGACCUCUCAAUUGCAGUACCGUUGA